CUCAAUCAGUUUUUAUCAUCUUCAGUUCUCGUGAAUCAUCUCAAAAGAGUUCGGAGAUGCAGAGGUUAUCUGCUGUGAGGUCUCUCUCUGCUCUACUCCUCCGGAAGCAGAUACAACAUGGUUGCUUUUCUACUUCUCUACUGUUCGACGAUACCCAGUUACAGUUCAAAGAAAGUGUAGCACAAUUUGCACAAGAAAAUAUUGCCCCCCAUGCAGCAAAAGUGGACCAGACAAACUACUUUCCAAAGGACGUUAACUUGUGGAAGCUUAUGGGGGAUUUCAAUCUCCAUGGAAUCACCGCACCAGAGGAGUAUGGAGGACUUGGUCUCGGUUAUUUAUACCACUGCAUAGCGAUGGAAGAAAUUAGCCGUGCUUCUGGAUCUGUUGGCCUUUCUUUUGGUGCCCAUUCAAACCUAUGCAUAAAUCAGUUGGUUCGAAAUGGGAGUGCUGCUCAGAAACAGAAAUAUUUGCCUAAGCUGAUCAGUGGGGAGCAUGUAGGAGCUUUGGCAAUGAGUGAACCCAAUGCUGGUUCUGAUGUUGUUAGCAUGAAGUGCAAAGCUGAUCGUGUUGCCGGUGGUUAUGUUUUAAAUGGGAACAAGAUGUGGUGCACAAAUGGCCCAAUUGCACAAACACUGGUUGUUUAUGCAAAAACAGACAUUACAGCCGGUUCAAAAGGAAUCACAGCAUUCAUUAUUGAGAAGGGAAUGCCAGGCUUCAGUACUGCCCAGAAAUUAGACAAACUUGGGAUGCGAGGAAGUGAUACAUGUGAGCUUGUUUUUGAGAAUUGCUUUGUUCCUGAAGAAAAUGUUCUUGGGGAAGAAGGGAAAGGGGUAUAUGUCAUGAUGUCAGGGCUAGAUCUGGAGAGGCUUGUUUUGGCAGGUGGGCCCCUUGGUCUCAUGCAGGCAUGCCUUGAUGUUGUUCUUCCUUAUGUUCGCCAGCGAGAACAAUUUGGUCGUCCAAUUGGGGAAUUUCAGCUACUACAGGGAAAAAUUGCUGAUAUGUAUACUUCUUUACAGUCAUCAAGAUCAUUUGUAUACUCUGUCGCAAGGGAUUGUGAUAAUGGAAAAGUUGACCGGAAGGAUUGUGCCGGAGUUAUACUUUUUGCAGCUGAGAGAGCUACAGAAGUUGCUUUACAGGCUAUCCAGUGUUUAGGUGGUAAUGGCUAUGUGAAUGAAUACCCAACUGGUCGACUUCUUCGAGAUGCAAAAUUAUUUGAGAUUGGGGCAGGCACCAGUGAGAUCAGAAGAAUAAUUAUUGGUCGUGAGCUCUUCAAGGAACAAUGAGAAAUGCACCAUUUUGUUUGGAUUACAUUAAUCUUGUACCCAUUUCCCUUGCAAAUAGCAACCCUCCAAAACAUUCUUUGGGCUAUACUUUUUAUAAAAGAUAUUCUCAACAGAAAUAAAAGCAGAGAAUGUUACUGAAUGUGUAUCUUUCCAAAAAGAAAGAUACAGAAUUCGUACCAAGAACUAGGUAUAUGUAUUGUUUAUUAAAAAGGGGGAAAUUUCUA